AUGAGUUUGUUGCCCCGUGGAAAAGAAAAUAACAUCGAGGUCACUUGGGAGGACCAGAAGAAUAUCAAUGAGUUCUCAACCUUGAUUCAAAAGAAGGACUUGUUGAUGGACGAUCUCAAGUUGUACCAACAAGAAAAGGAAUACCUUACAGACGUCAUUGGCGAAUUAGAACUCUUGGAACUAGAAGACGACGAUGAUGAUGAUUUGGAAGACGAAACUGAUGAUUCCUUGGAUAAAUCUAAAAAAGUGCAGUACAAGAUCGGGGAUACUUUGGUAUUCAUGGGUUACGCCGAGGCCACCGAAAGGGCAAAUAAGGACAAUGACUUAAACGACGACAAAAUCUCUAAAUUGGACGACCAGUUAUCGGAUAUCGAUGGGAAAUUGACCAAAUUGAAGAGCCAGUUAUACGCAAAGUUCGGUGAUAAUAUCAAUUUGGAAAGAGAUUGA